CGAAACCCGUCUGAGCCUCCGACUCGCCCGUCGCCACUGCUACGACAUCCCACAUCCCAAGUUGCCCGGCGGCGCAAUGGAGGCAGCGUCUGCGCGCAUGGCAGCCCGGGAUCGCUACGGCAUAUACGGAGAGGCACCCACUUCACCACUGCAGCGCUACAUAUUGCAAGCCUGCGACCCGCAAAACUUCGAGCCCAACCUGGCCCUCAACCUCGAAAUCGCCGACUUGAUCAACAGCAAGAAAGGCACCGCGCCCCGAGAAGCAGCCGUCACCAUUGUGCACUAUGUCAAUCAUCGCAACCAGAACGUCGCCCUGCUCGCGCUCAACCUCCUGGACAUUUGCGUCAAGAAUUGCGGCUACCCCUUCCACCUCCAGAUCAGUACCAAGGAGUUCCUCAAUGAGCUCGUGCGCCGCUUCCCCGAACGCCCGCCAAUUCAUUCGUCGCGAGUCCAGAACAAGAUUCUCGAGCUGAUAGAAGAAUGGCGCCAAACAAUAUGCCAGACGUCGCGAUACAAGGACGACCUGGGCUUCAUAAGGGAUAUGCACAGGCUGCUGAGUUACAAGGGAUACAUCUUUCCCGAGAUCCGCAAAGAAGACGCUGCUGUCCUGAACCCGAGCGAUAGCCUCCGAUCGGCAGAAGAAAUGGCAGAGGAAGAGCGCGAGGCGCAGUCUGCAAAGCUUCAAGAGCUGAUCCGUCGGGGUGGUCCUGCAGACUUGCAAGAAGCGAACAAGCUCAUGAAAGUCAUGGCCGGAUAUGACACGAGGAACAAGACUGAUUGGCGCGCAAAGGCUGCCGAAGAGGUUGGAAAAAUACAACAAAAGGCCAGAAUCUUGGAGGAGAUGUUGCAGAGCUACAGGCCGGGCGAUGAAAUCAAGGAAGGCGAUGUCUUUGAGGAACUGGCAAAUGCCCUUCAAAAUGCGCAACCCAAAAUCCAGAAAAUGUGCGAGGAGGACUCGGAAGACCACGAGGCCGUAGCGAAGCUGUUUGAAAUCAACGACAGUAUACACAGGACGAUAGAGAGAUACAAGCUCUUCAAGAAGGGCGACAUUGAGGCUGCAAACAACAUCCCUCAGGGCACGCUUGGCCGCAGUGGGGCUGGUGUAUCUCAAGGCCCGAACAACACGCUGAACUUGAUCGAUUUCGGAGACCCAGAACCUACACCACAAGCAGGACAAUCGUCGCAGCCACCAGCUGCAGGUAACGCGCUCGAGGAUGAUUUAUUAGGACUGUCAUUGAGCGGGGAAGCCUAUGGGCAGAGUGGCAGCAUAGCCCUGGGCGGCUCCAACGGCUCAGUUCUCGGCAUGUCUGGAAUGGCUGUGCCGCAAUCGCAAGCUCCACAAAAGGCAUCCAACCAAGCCAUUACCAAUCUUUUCACUGCAGGACCGAAGCCAAGCCAGCCUCCAGUAGCGUCGCCUCCCCUGUCAACCUUUUCGACACCGCCGCCGCAACCAGCUCGCACACCAGACCCAUUUGCUGCUCUUGCUUCUACGCCUCGACAGGCCUCGCCUUUCCAGUACCAACAAUCUGUCAAGCCACCAGCUCCUGCUUCUGGUGUUGUUGAUUUGCUGGGCGGUGGUGCCUCCGCACCAACGACAAAUCUCACGCAAAGUACCACCAAUGCGGCUAAUGACGAUGAAGAAUGGGACUUUGCAUCCUCUGUACCUGAUACGUCCAAAGAAUUGACAGUCACGAACACAAGUAUCAACAUCCUCUUCAAUGUCUCGAGAGAAUCAGACACGGUUCUGCUAAUCCAGUCGCGGAUAUCCAACAACACACCUUUGCCCGUCUCCGGUUUGACGUUGCAGGUUGCAGCUUCAAAAGGCGCACAACUGCAGCUGGAACCACAAUCGGGCGUCAAUCUCGGGCCGAACCAGAGAUUUGGCAUCACACAAAACAUCCACGUGAAGAAUGUCCAAAGCGGGUCGGGCAACAACGUCAAGAUGAGGUGGAAGGCUUCGUACUCUCUUGGCGGACAGCAGAAAAAUGAAAUGGGGGAGAUAGCCAGCCUUGGUGUUUUAUAGUGUUUUGCUACAAGAAACGAUGAAUUAUUGUU